CAUCAAAACGCGAUUGCCCUGCCAGGGUUGUCCGGCUCGCUUCGUUCAGACCGUUGUCGUGGUAUCCUAUGCCAAAAUUUGCUUGGAGGAUUCUCCGCCAUGACCGCCAGCCCCAACGUAAGAAUCGAACGCGAUUCCAUGGGCGAAAUGGAGGUACCUGCCGAUGCCCUCUAUGGCGCCUCCACCAUGCGCGCCGUGUUGAACUUUCCCAUCAGCGGACUGCGUUUCCCGCGCACAUUCAUCCGGGCCCUGGGCCUGAUCAAGCAGUCGGCGGCGCGCGGCAACAUGUCGCUCGGCUUGGUGGACGAACGAAUCGGCAAUGCCAUUGUUGCGGCGGCCCAGGAAGUGAUCGACGGGCAGCUGGACCGCCACUUUGUGCUGGAUAUAUUUCAGACGGGCUCGGGGACGUCCACCAACACCAACGCCAACGAGGUGAUCGCCAACCGAGCCAGCCAACUGCUGGGUGGAGACCUGGGGUCACGGCUGGUGCACCCCAAUGACCACGUAAAUAUGGGCCAGUCGUCCAACGACGUCAUCCCCACCUCGAUCCACCUCGCUGCAUUGCUGGCGAUAAACGAAGACCUGAUUCCGGGCCUGGAUAAUCUUGCGACUGAGCUUGAAAAGAAGUCGGAGGAGUUCUGGCCCAUCGUCAAGACGGGCCGCACCCACCUGCAGGACGCAACUCCUGUGCGGUUGGGCCAGGAGUUCCUGGGCUAUGCCGGACAGGCACGCUACAGCAUCCAGCGCAUGCGGAGGGCGCAGGAGGCACUGGCCGAGGUGGCGCUGGGCGGAACGGCGGUCGGCACGGGGGUCAACACUCACCCGGAGUUCUCGGCUCGCACCUGCGCCUUUGUCUCAGAGGUGAGCGGGGUGGAAAUCCGAGAGACCGAGAAUCAUUUCCAAGCCCAAGCGUCGUUGGACGCCCUGGUGGAAGCCAGCGGUGAGCUGAAGACGGUGGCGAUCAGCCUGCACAAGAUAGCCAACGACAUACGCUUCAUCGCGUCCGGGCCCCGCGCCGGCCUGGGCGAGAUCGCGCUGCCGGAGGUGCAGCCGGGCAGUUCGAUAAUGCCAGGAAAGAUCAACCCGGUUAUCGCUGAAUCGGUGGUCCAAGUUGUGGCCCAAGUGGUGGGCAACGACGCCUCGGUUACCCUGGCGGGGCAGGGAGGCUACUUCGAGCUGAACACCAUGAUGCCAGUGGCGGCGCAUAACAUACUGGAAUCGAUUUCGCUGCUGGCGGCCUCGGCCAACAACUUCGCCGACCAGUGCGUCGAGGGCAUUGAGGCCACGACGGUGGGCCCGGACAUGGUGGAGAAGGGCCUGAUGCUGGGUACGGCCCUGGCGCCAGCCAUCGGGUACGACGCGGCUGCGUCCAUCGCCAAGGAGGCGGCGGCCAGGGGAAUGACCAUCCGCGAGAUGGCCAAGGAAAAGACCGAACUGUCCGAUGAAGAACUGGACACGCUCCUCAACCCCGAGGGUAUGACGGAGCCUGGGGUUAGCAUGGCGGGCGGCGGAGGCUAG